GCGCGCCCGGUGCUCCGCAACGCUGCGGCGGGCGGCAUGGGAUAACGCGGCCAUGGUGCGCCGAGAUCGCCUCCGCAGGAUGAGGGAGUGGUGGGUGCAGGUGGGGCUCCUGGCCGUGCCCCUACUUGCUGCCUAUCUGCACAUCCCACCCCCUCAGCUUUCCCCGGCUCUGCACUCAUGGAAGUCGUCUGGCAAAUUUUUUACCUACAAGGGACUACGUAUCUUCUACCAAGACUCUGUGGGUGUGGUUGGAAGUCCGGAGAUAGUUGUGCUUUUACAUGGCUUUCCAACAUCCAGCUAUGAUUGGUACAAGAUUUGGGAAGGUCUGACCCUGAGGUUUCAUCGAGUGAUUGCCCUUGAUUUCUUAGGCUUUGGCUUUAGUGACAAACCGAGACCACAUCACUACUCCAUAUUUGAGCAGGCCAGCAUCGUGGAGUCACUUUUGCGGCAUCUGGGGCUCCAGAACCGCAGGAUCAACCUUUUGUCUCAUGAUUACGGAGACAUAGUUGCUCAGGAGCUGCUUUAUAGGUACAAGCAGAAUCGAUCUGGUCGGCUUACCAUAAAGAGUCUCUGUCUCUCAAAUGGAGGUAUCUUUCCUGAGACUCACCGUCCUCUCCUUCUCCAAAAGCUACUCAAAGAUGGAGGCGUGCUGUCACCCAUCCUCACUCGGUUGAUGAAUUUCUUUGUAUUCUCUCGAGGUCUUACCCCAGUCUUUGGACCAUAUACCCGACCCUCUGAAAGUGAGCUGUGGGACAUGUGGGCAGGGAUCCGCAACAACGAUGGGAACUUAGUCAUCGACAGUCUCUUACAGUACAUCAAUCAGAGGAAGAAGUUUAGAAGACGCUGGGUUGGAGCUCUUGCCUCUGUAACUAUUCCCAUUCAUUUUAUCUAUGGGCCAAUGGAUCCUGUAAAUCCCUAUCCAGAGUUUUUGGAGCUGUACAGGAAAACGCUGCCGCGGUCCACAGUGUCGAUUCUGGAUGACCACAUUAGCCACUAUCCACAGCUAGAGGAUCCCAUGGGCUUCUUGAAUGCAUAUAUGGGCUUCAUCAACUCCUUCUGAGCUGGAAAGAGUAGCUACCCUGUAUUACCUCCCCUACUCCACUCCCUUAUCUGUUGUGUAUUCCACUUAGUAAGAAAUGCCCAAAAGAGGUCCUGGCCAUCAAAUACCAUUCUCUCACAAAAGUACACUUGACUCACAUUGGUGAACAGUGUAUAGGAAAUAGCAAGCAGAAGCUCUGACUGAGGGUUGACAUAACAGUCCAUCUCCCAUUCCAUUGACAUCUGAUCAAGUGUAUGGACUUGUGUUAUUCAGAAAUUCUGAUGAGCACUACUACUCUCUGAUGCAGAGAGACAGACAUUCUUUUGCAUAAAAGACUUUUGAAUGCUUCUAUGGACUUUGCUGAAAUAUUCGGAAAUACUAAUAUCUGGCCCAAUCCCAACUGGAAUCCUACAGUAAAGAUGAGGAGAGGGGGCCUCCUUAACUUUCUUUGAGUGGCUUUAAAGGCAUAUGUUUUUUUAAAGUUCUCUAAGCAACACAACUUCAAGUGAGAGUGAGUCUCCUUUGUCAUAACUUUGGAUUUAGUUUCAUUAGCUGCUUUUAAUUAUAGACAUUUUGUUAAAGUAGACAUUGGCUCAAAUAAUGCAGUAUUCUCAGUAUGCUUUAAGACUUUGAUUUACCUACACGUUAGGUAUAUUUUAUAAGGAUACUUAACUAGCAGACCCUUACUCUGCCAGAGUAGUGAACCUUAUUAAACAUGUUUAAUUUCUGAAUAAAUUGAACUAAAUCCAAACUAUUUACAGAAUUUCCUAAAAUCACAGGACAUUAAGGACCAGUAGCAUCUGUGCAAGAGAUUUACUAUUAUUAGCUGGAAAGGCCAAUUCUAACAGUAAAUAACAAUCUGACUCCUUAUACCUCAGUGCUUAGAAGCAUGUCCCUCCUGAGCAAAAGUGGAGGGGAGGGGAUCAUUGAAUAGUCCAAGUUACCAUGUAAAUGUAUACUGAUUCCUUUUAUGAUGAUUGCUUAAUUUCCCAUUGUCUGUCCGAGAGAGGCUUUCUCAUGUAGCUCAGCAAUUCCUGUACGUUAUAGACAGGAAAGUUCCAGAAACUUAACAAAUUCUGAAAGACCUAUGAACAAAUGGUGCUGAACACUUUUUUUUAAGCCACAGAGUUUUCAUCAUCUUAGUCAAAAGCAGGAUUAUUAAGUGAUUAUUUUAAAUUCAUUUUUUUUUAUUAGCAACUUCAAGUAUAACAACUUUGAAACUGGAAUAAGUGUUUAUUUUCUACUAAUAAAAAUGAAUUGUGACAAAAA